AAGGGGUAUCCAUGCCGGCAGUAGUCUAUAUCAUCUGCAUGCCUGAGAUUUGCAGAGAGAAUAAAAUUUGCGUCUGAGCAGCUGCAGAACUAAGCCAUUUUGAUUUGCUUUUCUUGCAGGAGAUAUCAGAUCAUGAAUUCGGCGGAUGGGAACAAAGUAUGGGAAAUUAGAGUUAUGAAGACAAAGCCUAAACAUGAAGAAGCCAGGAAAUUUCUAGAAAAGAUCGCAGCGCAAGUUCAACCAAUUAUGCAAAAACAUAACUGGAAGGUCAAGCUCCUCUCCGAAUUCUGUCAACAAAACCUUCUGGGGUUGAACAUAGGAGGAGGCCAGCAUGUAAAGUUGAGGCUUAGGAGUUAUUACAGUGAUGAGGAAUUUUUCCCUUUUGAUGAAGUUCUUGAUACAAUGCUUCACGAGCUCUGCCACAAUGUUCAUGGCCCUCACGAUGCUGGCUUCUACAGGCUCUGGGAUGAACUUAGGAGGGAAUGCGAGGACCUUAUCAGAAAGCGGAUAAGUGGGACAGGAAGGCCGUUGGGAGGUAUCAAACCUCAUCCCCCUCUUUCAUUUCUCUGCCAGACUGUUUUGGCUGCUGCAGAAACGAGAGUGCAACCCUUACUGCCAUCUGGACCCAAACGCAUAGGUGGUGACAGUUCUAUGAUGGCGGCACUUACUCCUACGCCAGCAGCUGCAAUGGCUGCAGAGAGGAGAUAUAGAGAUAAUAUCUGGUGUGGCGCUGAAUCUUAUGAUGCAUCUGAAAAUGCAGAAGAAAACAACAAUCAAUAUUCCUUGAAUAUAGUGCACAGUUCAAAAAAUCCAAGGGAUUUUGGUAGUUUUGAUGGUCAGACUUUGAAUGUGAUAUCUCGGAAAAGAAGGCGUGGAUUAAAUAGUAGAGCAUCAUCAUCUCUGUCUAAUAAUGGUCAUUCAAAGUCUAAGUUUUUGGACCUAACUACAGGUACCUCAAUCACGGAGUCUAUGAUUUAUUAUCAUGUACUAGGAUUUGAUAAUGAAAUAAUCCACCUGCUCAGAUGCCGAUUUCGAGUCAAGUAGAGAGGAUUUAUCGAGCGAUUCUGCUCCUAGAUCUGUUUGUGGAAGCAAUGCAACUAGGGUUCCAUGUGGGAGUGUGAGGUGCAACCGUUCCUAGUGAUUUUAUGUACUUUACACACGGUGUAACUUUAUUUGUACAACGUGUAAUUUUAGAACAAAUUUUUGUAGAUCUCACACACGUUGUCAAAAACGAGGUACAAAAAAUGAUUUAAAUCA